UUUAUGUUGUGUAAUUUGUCAUUUUACAUAAAAUUUAACUAGCUUUCCAUGUGUUGAAUUAAAACUAUUUUCCUUUUAGCAAUUUGGGAAAAUAUUAAGCGUUUGCAGUGAAUAGAGUUUGUUAUGGCCUGUUCUCGUUGCUGUUUACGCCUUAUAUCACUUAAUAGUAUAGCUAAAAGAACCAUAAGCAUGUCAGCAAUGAGACGUGCCGAGGAGGCUUUGGAUAAGAUGAAAGAGAAGAACCCAUAUUUCGAUAAAUAUGCGGAAAAAAUUGCAAAGCUUCAACAAACUUCUCCGGAAGAGUUUUUAGACCGUGUGGACAAAGUUGUCAAUCCCAUUAAAGAUGGAAAAAGUCAAUCGAGAACAUAUUCCGAACUUCUCAAUCCUAAACAACCACGGAAGGAACAGGUAGCCAAUGAAAUACCUUACAAGAAACUUACCGACAUCAUGAAACUUGAACUUAUCGAAGAUAAGACAGCCGACGAAAUUUCAAGUAUUUGGUAUGAGUACCAUAAAACUAAAGAUGUGUUGGCGGCUACAUUAACUGUUAAUCAGUUUGAUACACUUAUGGAACGUGCUAAACAAUAUCCAAUAUUUUUGUUGCCACUUCCACGAAGCGAAGGUUUUGAGUUUAUCAUGUUGCAAUUUGCAGCAAAUGCGGUGCAUUUUACACCGCUUCUUGCUUAUCAGGUGCAUGCCGAAAACGCGCCAGAGUGUCUGACGAUAGUGCAUUAUACGGAAACGAAAGAUAAAGGUGUUGUACUGAUGCGAGGCGAAUAUGACAGCAAAGUCUUGACGGGACAAGAAGCACAAUGCUUGGCUAAUGAAUUACAAAUGUUCUAUUGCAAGAGCGAGGAAAGCAAACUAAAGUUAUUGGAAACAUUUAACAGAAAACCAAAUGAAUUCAAACACAUGGAUCUAAUCAAAGAGGUGGAAAAUAUACAGUUAGCUUAAAGUAUCCAGCAAUACAUGUCCUACUAUUCAGUUGUCGAUUUACUAACUUUGUUUCUGUGAAAUCUAAUAAAUGAGAAUUAAUACUAUGAUGAAAUCGAGUGCUACAAUCGAAUAA